AGCAGGAGGAGAAGAGCUCCGCUCAAGACCCACAUCCACAUUCGAGCAUCAGUCCUCGGCGGUGGGGUUUAGUGACAGAGGGACCGACGGUCGGAGGGACAGAGGGACAGAGGGGGGAGAAGGAUGUAUGCAGCGGUCCGGAGCGGAUGUUACCGGCUCUUUGACACCGAGACAUGAACGUGACGUGAUAAUAUCUGACGGGAACCAAAUGAUUCCGUUACCGGCGUUGUUGGAUGUCUUGUUUUUUUCUUCUUCCACGGAUGGAACCUGGAUCUGCAAUGGAGCAUCGAUCCACCGCGUGAGAGCUGAGAGCUGCUGAUCGUCUGUGUUUUUAGACAAUAAUCAAUGAAAAUUAGCCUCCAGACAGUGUGGCAUCUCAUUAUUUCCACUCAUAUUUGCAAUAUGAAGCUGUGUAGCCAUUGUUCUUCAUGAUAUGAUGAAGAAGCCAUACUGAAUUUGAUAUUAUAAAUGAUAAAAAAUAAGAAAUCAAUGGUUGUACAUGUCAGAUAGGAGGAUAUUUAGGCUGAGAAGGAUUCAUAAUUAUUCAUAAUUUUGUAAAAAAUAAUCAGAGAGCAGUCAUGUCAAAAAAUAAAAGCAGCGAGUCAGUGAAGGUGGUUGUGCGAUUGCGCCCUUUGAACCGCAAAGAGGAGUCCAACGGGCCUGCAGGGGGCAUCGUGCAGAUGGACCUGGGGCUCGGACAGGUGAUCCUCAGGAACCCUCGAGCACCGGCCAGCGAGCCCCAGAAAACGUUCACGUUUGACGGCGUUUACGACGCAAACUCCAAGCAGCGAGACCUGUACGACGAGAGCGUGAGGCCCCUGAUCGACUCGGUGCUCGCAGGGUUCAAUGGCACGAUAUUUGCGUACGGGCAAACUGGAACCGGAAAGACGUACACCAUGCAGGGCGCAUGGAUGGAUCCGGAGAAACGCGGCGUGAUCCCCAACGCUUUUGACCACAUCUUCACUCACAUCUCCCGCUCGCAGUCAGACAGGCAGUACCUGGUGCGGGCGUCCUACCUCGAGAUCUAUCGUGAGGAGGUUCGGGAUCUCCUCGACCCCAACCACGGCACUGCCAGAGCCCUGGAGCUCAGGGAGAGACCAGAAACCGGAGUGUACGUCCAAGAUCUCACGUCAUGUGUUUGCAAGAGCAUCAAGGAGAUCGAGGAGGUGAUGAACGUGGGGAACCAGGCGAGGGCGGUUGGGGCAACAGACAUGAAUGAACACUCCUCGAGGUCUCACGCCUUGUUCCUGAUCACGGUCGAGUGCAGCCAACCUGGACCAGAUGGGAGAAAGCACAUUCGAGUUGGACGCCUGAAUCUGGUAGAUUUGGCUGGCAGCGAACGCCAAGCCAAGACUGGCGUCCAGGGUGAACGUCUGAAAGAAGCCGCCAAGAUCAACCUCUCCCUGUCCGCUCUGGGGAACGUGAUUUCAGCGCUAGCAGAUGGACGUAGCAGCCACGUGCCUUACCGGGACUCCAAGCUGACCAGGCUGCUGCAGGACUCUUUAGGUGGGAACGCAAAGACAGUGAUGGUCGCCACUCUGGGCCCAGCCCCCCAGCACUACGACGAAACCCUCACCACCCUACGCUACGCCAACCGGGCCAAGAACAUCCAGAACCAACCGAGAGUCAACGAGGACCCCAAGGACGCCCUACUGCGCGAGUUCCAGAACGAGAUCGCUCGCCUCCGCGCUCAGCUCAACCACAGGAAGUGGAGGAGCAAACAGAAGAAGGAGCAGGUGGAGGGCGACGGUGAUGAGAGCUGGGAGAGAGACGGGGACGAAGAGACGGAGGAUGAGGAUCUGGAGGUGGAGAAGGACGCAGAGGACUACGUGAAGCUGGAGGAGCAGCGUUUGGAGAGGGAGACGGAGGCCAUCAGGGGAGAUCAAUUCAUGUUGGCCGAGGAGAAGCAAAGGCUGCUGGGAGAGAAGGAGAGGAUGAUGGGCGACCUGAGGAAGGAGCAGGAAGCCACCGAGCAGCUGACGGCCAAGUACAAGGCGAUGGAGAGUAAACUGCUGGUCGGUGGAAAGAACAUCAUGGAUCACACCAACGAGCAGCAGAAGAUGCUGGAGAUGAAGCAGCAGGAGAUCACUGAGCAGACCCGUCGGGAGCGAGAGAUGCAUCAGCAGAUGUUGGCGCAGGACGAGGAGACGCUGGAGCUGCGGGAGACGUUCACGUCCCUGCAACAGGAGGUGGAGGCCAAGACCAAGAAACUCAAGAAGCUGUAUGCUAAGCUCCAGUGCAUCAAAGCGGAGAUCCAGGACGUGAACGACGAGCACGUGAGGAGCCGACAGGAGCUGGAGCAAACUCAGAACGAGCUCACCAGAGAACUCAAGUUCAAGUACCUGAUCAUAGAGAACUUCAUUCCUCCGGAGGAGAAGAAUAAGAUCAUGAACAGACUGACCUUUGACACCGAGGAGGAUCAGUGGAAGUUCCAGCCUCUGGUUCCUGCUGAAAGUAAAUCCUCACAGAUGAAGAAAAGGCCGUCGUCUGCCGUCGGUUACAAGCGACCCAUCACCCAGUACGCCAGGGUUGCCAUAGCGAUGGGAGCCCUCUCCAGAUACAGAGCAGAGAACAUCAUGUUUCUGGAGCUGGACAUGACUCCUCCAAACGCCGCCUCGCUCGAUCGCUGGACGGAGGCGGAGCCAAACCAAAGUUCCUCUGUGGACAGCUCGCCCACCAAGGACAGAGGCGUCCACAAGUCUCGCUCCUGGUGUCAGAAUCCUAAAUCCAUCCCUUCGUCCUCCUCUAAUGUUUCCUUGUCGGCGUGUCACACCGCCGCCGCCGCAGCACAGUAACAUAGUUUAAUUAAUUAAUUUAUUUUUAUUUUUAUUCUUUCUUUUGUUGGACACUGAGAGGUCACACGGGAAAAACAAGGAAAAUAUUGAAUUAAAUGAACAAUAAUCACAUUCAAAGACCCUUUUUUUUCUUACAGAUUACGUUCUUUUCCUGCAUGUUUGAGAGCCGAGAGCGUCGGAUUAUUUAUGGUCAGAUUACAGCAGUGUGUGUGUGUGUGUGUGUGCUGUACAUACAGGGCUGUAUGGUGUGUUUUUAAUUCAGAUACAAAUGAAAAAGCUGAUCAAAAAACAUGCUUGGAUUUCCUGUAAUAAUAAUAAUAAUAUCAGUCUGUGUAAAUAUUCUACAUGAAUGUGAGGUUGUUGUUGGGGUUUUUUGUGAAAAAGAACGUGUCCAUUGUCCGUUUUCUUCAGAGAACAAUUAUUUGCAUCGUCCAUAAUCAAUCUGUCCAUUAUUUCAUUGAUUGAAUCGAGAAAGUAAGCCGAGUUUGGUCCAUAAAAUGUCAUAAAACGUUCUCAUUUUGUCCUAAAAAUCAAAUAUCAUUCACUUUUAUUGAUUUCUUUUGUGACAUGGAGCAAAGAAACCAGGAAAUAUUCACAUUUAAGAAGCGGAAAAAUCAGAUAAAUGCGUCUUAAUUCUUACUUUUUGAAGCCUGAAUGACGACCGUUAUCACUCCUGUCUCCUGUCCCUCUGUCCACUGUGUCUAAUUUAUGAGAAAUGCCUUAAAAUAAUCUGAAUUAAGUACAAAAUGUUGAGGCACGUCACUCUUAUUAUGUAAUGUAUUAGCUGGAAUAUAGAGGAAUAUAAAACAACACACUUUUAAGAUAACCUCCGACAAAAGCUAAAAGUGAGACGUAAUCUGGAGGUUCAUGGAGAUUAUUCUGUUCUCGUGUCAUUUCUGCCACUAAUGACACAGAUUUUCCACUGGUUUACAUGUGGUUUUAAACACAGACAGAACUGCUGUGCUGGUGGAAAAAAUAAGAAAGUGAAGCCUGAUAUUUAAUAAGUCAUCAAACCGUCUUUGGCACAGAAGCAUUUUCAUUCGCUGUGGAUGAAAAAAAACAGCACAGAAUGUGGACAGGAUUACAGAUUUGGAGGCUGAUUCUCUCUUAAAUCACUCUUUGUUACCUAAUUUCUCAGAUUAAAUUAAUAAACAGCCAUGCGAACCCUCGUUUUUCUCUUUGGUAAAGUUUGGAUUUGCAGUGAUUGAAGCUGCUUCCUUCUUCUAAAUGAAACUGGACUAAACAAUAAUGAUUAUUUUCAUAGUUGUUUGGUCAGAUUAUGUUAAGAAAUGUUAAAAAAUGUUCCCCCAAAACUUAGUAUGAUGACGGUUUAAUGAGAUUCAUGAUCUUCAUGAAUUAAAUUAAAGGGAAAUUGUGAAAUAUGUUUGUCUAUAUUCACACUGUGUUGCCUCUGCGGUCUGAAUUUAAGGUUUUGUUAUGUGUCAUAUUAUUAUUUUAUGGCCCUCAUCUACUGAACAGUUGCUUUUUCCUCAUAUUAGUAUUAUCAUGAUGUCAGAAAAUGUCAAAAAAUGUUGACCAAUGUCCCCCCGAAACUGAAAAUGACGUCUUGUGUCCAAAAAAAGAUCCAGUCUUUAAUGACUUCUAUCUCAUUUGGAGCAAGAAAUAUGAUCUUCACUGAUCCCUUUAAACCUUUCGCUGCGGUGACUCUUUGGUGUGGUUUUAUUUUUAUAUUUUUUUUACCUCACUGCAUCUGCGGAACAAACGUUUGAAUGUAGCUCUCGCUCUGUCUCUCUCUCCACUCCUGUGACCUUUUGACCUUUUAGUGUCAUAAAUGGCUCAAUUUUGGAGAUUCUGAAGUGUUUGCUUCACCUGUUCUUGUCGUUCUAAGUGAGGACAUUUCCUCUGUACGGUGAAGAGGAGCAGACACUGUGGGAGUGGGGGGGGGGGGUUUGGCUAAUUAUCACUGUAUUCCCCCCCCCCCCCACUGAGUGUAUAAGAGCACAGAACAGCCCUUUAUAACAUAGUAUAAACGUAUAAAAGUGCACUGGAAACUAUACAGGGUUUUAUCACUCGUGUGUGUGUGUGAGACGUUUAUUCACUGUAAAAACUUUAAUUGUUGACGUAAGAACAAGAAAAGUUCAUUUUAAAUUAAAGUAACUUGUGACAUUUACUCGUUCUUUCAUGUUUAAGAAAAGGAAAACAGAAGGAGUGGUUCAAAUCCUUCUUUUUUUUCUCCAUUUGUUUCUAUUUGUUCUAAAUCACUCAAAAGAUACUCAAUUACAUUUGAAUUAACCAGUAAAAUUGUUGUCCUAAUCUGGAUAAAUCAACUUUAUUUGAAUUGACUAAACAGGGCAUGAGGCUUUGUGAUGACACAGUGUCUUGGGUGAUUAGGUGAAAAUAUUACAGAAUAUUGUGUUUUUUUUCCACACAAAAACUUAAUUUUAAGUUAAAUCCUGCAUCAUAAUUACGCCAGACCUGUGUCACUCAUAGUAAUUUUGCUAAAAUAGGUAUACCUUGUGUUAUUGAGUGACUAAAAUUACUCAAUUACUCAAAUUUGUCAAAAACUGUCUCAAAAUUCCACUUUAAAUCAAGCAGGUGUUUUAAAAGACGUCCAAAAAUCCACAGACGCAAAUUAUAUAUUUUAACAAGCUGUAAGCAGAGUAUAUCUGUUACCAAAAUGAUGAAUUAUUAAUAAUAUGAAUUAAAUUAUAGAUUAAUAGUUAAAUAUGUAUGUUUAUUAUUCACAUUGCCCUCAUCUACAGAGCAGUUGCUUUUUUCCUCACAUUUAUAUAGAAGAAUAUUAUAUUAUUUUCCGUGAUAAAGUGUCAUAAUUCUACACAUAUUCAUUUUAUAAUCAUAUCUAACAGUUAAGAAAGUGGAAAAAGGGGGAACCAGAAAAUGUGCGAUUUUUGUGAUGACUUAAUUUCACCAGGUUUCCCCACUAAAAUCUUUGAAAAAAGUGAGUUUAAUCUGAAAAUAAAGAAUCAUUCGAAUCAUCAUCAUGGGUUACGAGUAUGACUAGUGUUUACUAGAUGACUAAAAGAACACAAAUUACACUUUAAAAUCAAGUAGGUGUCUAAAAACCCACAGAUGUGCAAAUCCUCACAUUUUAAUAAUUUGAAACCAGAUCAUAUCUGUUACCAAGAUGAUGAAUUAUUAAUAAUAUUAAUCAAAUUAGAGGGAAAAUAGUUAAACAUUUAACAAGUAUAAGAUCUUAUCGUCCUCAUCUAUACUUAUAUUGUUGAAAUAUUAGUCUUUUACAUUAUAAAGUCAUAAUUCUGCUCAUAUUCAUUUUAUACUCAUAUUUAACAGUUAAAAAAGAUGUGAAAUAGGAUAAGACGUCCAAAACAAAAAAAUCAUCAAAUCCUCAUGUUUUAAGGAGCUGUAAGCAGAUCAUAUCUGUAACCAAGAUGAUGAAUUAUUAAUAAUAUGAAUUAAAUUAGACGGGAAUUAGUUAAAUAUGUAUGUUUAUAUUCACACUGUGUUGCCUCUGAGGUCUGAAUUUGACCGGUGCCGGUUUCCUCGUGUGUCAUUUUAUCCCAUAAUAUGUGUCGAGGUUGUGUAAUAUAUGUGUGUGUGUGAGGGCUGUGGGGGAGGAGUGGGGGGUGGGGCGGUAAUGGAAGACGUGGGGGGGGACAGGUGGUUGGACGGUCGGACGGACGGAUGAUGCAGGAAUCCAAAGACAAUCAGGAAGUGACGGUGGAGGAGCCUGUUUCUAUGGUAACCUGACAUUAAAGGCCGCUGAGAUGGGUUUUUUUGGGGGUGGAAGGGGGGGAGGGGGUGUCUGUAAAUGUAUAUAUGUAUGAAUGUAACAUGGUGAGCCAUGACUGACUGACUGAAAAAAACAUGAAAUAAAGACGUUGUCGCAG